GCGGAGGGAGGAAACGCUCCGAAGGAUGUUAGGUCCUUCGACCAUGGUGGUGUGUACCACUUGAGCUCGGGCCGAGUGCGUGCCUCGGCGCGUGCACGAGGAGGAAGGAGUUCAUAGGAAAAAUUCCGAAAGGCAGAAAAGCCAGAAAUUGAUCGAUCGAUCGAUCGAUUGAUUGAUUGAUCGAGAAGGGGAGAGUUUCAAGCAUGGCGUCGCCGGGAGACCUGAUGAGCGGGGAUCCGUCGGGGUCCACCAAGGCUAGAGGGAAGGGGCUGCAGCACCCGACGUACGCGAAUCUGAUCCACGAUGCGAUCUCGAGCUUGAAGCAGCGCGGGGGGUCGAGCGCCAUCGCCAUCCGCAAGAGCAUUGAGCAGAAGGUGGGACCCACUCUGGGCCCCAACUACAAGAAGAUUGUGGGCUCGACGUUGUCGAAAUUGGCCAAGACCGGAAAGCUCAUCAAGAGCGGCAACACGUUCAAGCUGAGCCCCGAGUUCAAGAUUGAGCAUCUGCGCCGGAGACGCAGACGCAGACACCACAAGAAGGGCAAGAAGAAGGGCCGCAGACGACGACGCAAGAGAAGACGCGGCAGGCGCAGGGCCGGAACCACCACUUUGACGGCCUCGGGUGGCGUCGCGGUGGCGCGUCGUCGCAGACGACGGCGCAGGAGAAGACGCAGAAGACGGUCCCGCCGCCGCCGCGGCCGAAAGCACACCACCCGGUCUAGCUCCGCCCCGGGCAUCACUGGCUUGCGUCGCAGACGGCGUCGCAAAAGUCGCAGACGUCGCAGGAGGAGACGGAGAAGAAGCAAGGGCAGCCGCUCCCCCCGCCGCCGCCACAGCAGCCGAUCCAGCGGCGUGAGCCAGAGGAGAGUCCGACAUGCUUCGCACGUCCACAUCCAUGGCGGGCACUCGCGAGGCGGAUCUCCCGACUCGCCCUCCGGACAUCGAUCGCCUCAGCUCUAGUAGAUCCGCCCCGCGGUCGACUUCUCAGACUCUCCGGCCUUUUAUGAUCAUCAGUCUUCCGCAUUCUUCGAAGCCUAGCUAGCUUCUUCGAUCGAUCGGCAACUUUCUAGAGCUUCAAUUUUAAUCAAUCCAACAACAACAAAAAUUAUUCAUGCAUUCCUCCGCCACUCCAUCCCUUCCCGUUCCAUUGGCUGUGCUGGACCAUUUCUCUAACCACCCUCUUCUAGCCUCAUUCUCUCAUUCAUGAAGCUCCAUGGAACUCAACACAACGUCCAAUUUAUCUUCUGGCUUGGGUGCUCAUCCGAUCGAGCCAUUGGUCGAGCUUGACCGACGUCCAGUCGUCUGCCCCAGUCCUUUAUUUAUGCCCGUGACCCCCAAUAAUUAUAACUCAAAAAACCUCUUUCUGUUUGCCUCUCGGACCAGCCCCGUGGGCCAUAUCCAAGAAGACCAACUUGUUACAUAUGGAAUUAUAUGUAAUAAACUUGGCCCUUCUG